AUGGCGGACACCGCAUACAGCCAGGACGCUCCCCCGCCGCCUCCCGAUCUGAAUCCCCCGCCGCCGCACCUGGCCAUCUGCCCUCCGGCACCUACCCUCCGCCCGCCGCCCCUCGAGUCCGUCACCGACGGCACCGUCACCAUCCGCCGCUGGCUUGCCUCCGACGCCGACGCGCUCUUCCACAUCAUCACCAACUCCCGCGCGCGCCUCGCCGCCUGGAUGCCCUGGGCACGGCGCGACUCCCCCUACCAGCGCCACGAGGCCGUCGCCUUCACCGAGCGGACCGCCCUCCGCUGGGACGCCGGCUCCGGCUGGGACUACGCCAUCACCACCGGCGAGCAGGUGAUUGGAUCGUGCGGGCUGCGGCGGAGGGAGGACAAUCCGGGCGUGGAUGCGGGGUACUGGCUGGCGGAAGGGCACACGGGCAAGGGGCUGGCGACGCGCGCGGUAGGGUUGCUCACGGAGCAGGCGUGGGGAAUGGGCGUGCCGAGCGUGAGGGUGGUGCACGACGAGGCGAAUGGGAGGAGCGCGGGAGUGCCGAGGAGGCUGGGGUUCGAGUGCGAGGGCGAGGUCGAGGCGGAGGACAACCCGGAGGGGAGGCGGGAUACGGUCUGGGUCAAGUAUCGGGGAGCUUCUUGA